AUGCCGCCCGCGGAGCGGGAGACAGGGGGGCGGCGGCGCAGCGGCUCUCCGGCCCGGCCGCCGCCCCAGCCCGGGGCCAGGACCAGGACGGGCGGCAGCCGGCCGCAGCCCCCUACCGCAGCCCCGGGCCGGCGCGCGUGCCGGGUGCCCAAGUGCGCGCGCUGCAGGAACCACGGCGUGGUGUCCGGCCUGAAGGGCCACAAGCGGCUGUGCCGGUGGCGGGACUGCGCGUGCGCCGGCUGCCGCCUGGUGCUGGAGCGGCAGCGCGUGACGGCGGCGCAGGUGGCUCUGCGGAGGCAGCAGCGCGCCGGGCAGGUUAAGAAAGAUGAAGAUGAACAUUCUCUGCUAUCAACCAGUUGCAGAUUAAACUAUCUCUAUCCCAAGAAUACCAGCACCUGGGCCAAAAGCAUACUGGCAGGGUAUAAACCUCCUUCACAGGAAAGCCAACUCCUCUUUUCUAACCUGAGUGAGAGAAUGAGGAAACGAAGAACAUUUGCAGAUAAAGAGCUGGAAUGCAUAAUGUUGGAGAGAGAACUUAGGCAGAGAGAACUAAAGGACUUAGCUGUAGCUCAAAGUCUACAAAGACCAAAUGAAGACUUUUUACCAGGCACAGAAACAAACCCAUUUAGGAUUGGACACAGCCAGCUUUGUGACUCAACAUAUUUUAACCACAGUUUGAUAAAUGUUUGGUUUCCUUUGAUACAUUCAAGCACAACGCUUUAUCAGACUAGAGAUUUUUUCCUGCCAAAUGUAACUACUUUUACAUCAGACCAAAUCGAAAGCAACCUUUUACAGAAAUAUACCUUUACUAAGUAUGCAGAGAAAUAUGCACAAGUGUGUAAGGAGCUGGCUCAGGCCAAUAUUUUAGCCAAAGAACUUGGCUCCUUUCAGAGCGAUUUGAGAUCGAAGGCAACAAAAACACAAGCAAGUUUUGAAAAAGUUAAAGAACAUUUUGUAUCCAACCAGAAGCAGGACAUUGGCUCAGAAGUUUUUAUCUUACAAAAUGAUCCUUUCAUACCAGAAAAGCAGCAAGUGAGCCAACAUGUGAAAAAUAAGUGUUCUCUGGCAAAGGAGAACCUCAGACACUUAGCUAGAGUAUCCCAAGAAUGCUAUUCGGAAAUGAAAAUUAAAAAUCAGAGCUUGUCAUUUUCAGUGGAAUCCUUGUUAAAAGUCUAA